CUCGCUGGCAGUGGCUGAGGUUGAGGCCGAGGAGAUGGGGGACCGAGGUGGCGCGGGCGGCUCUCGGCGCCGGAGGACGGGCUCGCGGACAGCGAGCGGGGGUAGCGGUGGUGGCGGGACAUCAGGGAGCCAGACCGAGGAGGAGCUACGGGCGGCGGCGGGAGCGGGAGCAGACGCAGGCGGCGGGGGGGACACCCCGACCCCGACCGCAGCCCCGGCUUGCACCCGGACACCCUCAGAGGAAGGAGACGGAGAGGGCGUGGGCCCCCCAGACUUGAGGUGCCACCGGUUGCAGGAAUCUUUGUUCAGCUCAGCUAGUGGAUUCAGCAACUACCGAGGUAUCCUGAACUGGUGUGUGGUGAUGCUGAUCUUGAGCAAUGCUAGAUUAUUUUUGGAAAACAUCAUCAAGUACGGCAUUCUAGUGGACCCAAUCCAGGUGGUGUCGUUGUUCCUGAAGGAUCCCUACAGCUGGCCCUCCUUGUGCCUCAUUAUAGUAGCCAAUGGGUUUGCAUUAGCUGCCUUCCAAGUGGAGAAGCGUCUGGCUGUGGGCACCAUCACAGAGCGGGUGGGGCUGCUUCUCUACGUGGCCAACCUGCUCACCAUGCUCUGCUUCCCUGCAGCUGUGGUCUUUAUGGUUAAAUCUAUUACACCAGUGGGUUCAGUGUUUGCUCUGGGUGUCUACACUGUUCUCUUCCUCAAGAUGGUCUCCUACUACCAUGUCAACCUGUGGUGCAGGCAGUACAGGGCCAAGAGCCAAGCAGCCUCAGGAACCAAAAAGGCCAAUGGGAAUGUGGUGUCCAAUGGGGUGAAGUACCCUGCCAAUUUGACUUAUCGAGAUCUGUACUACUUCCUGUUUGCCCCCACUCUGUGCUAUGAGCUCAACUUCCCUCGAUCCCCCCGGAUCCGGAAACGCUUCCUGUUACGCAGGCUCUUUGAGAUGCUUUUCUUCACUCAGCUACUGGUGGGGCUCAUCCAGCAGUGGAUGGUCCCCACCAUUCAGAACUCCAUGAAGCCAUUCAAGGAUAUGGACUAUUCCCGUAUCAUAGAGCGGCUUUUGAAGUUGGCAGUUCCCAACCACUUUAUCUGGCUCAUUUUUUUCUACUGGUUCUUCCACUCCUGCCUCAAUGCUGUGGCUGAACUCAUGCAGUUUGGUGACCGAGAGUUCUAUAGAGACUGGUGGAACUCAGAGUCAGUCACUUACUUUUGGCAGAACUGGAAUAUUCCUGUCCACAAAUGGUGCCUCAGACACUUCUACAAGCCAGUGAUGAAGAUGGGGGUCAAUAAGUGGAUGGCUAAAAUUGGUGUGUUCCUGGCUUCAGCCUUCUUUCAUGAGUACCUUGUGAGUGUCCCCCUCAGGAUGUUCCGGCCUUGGGCCUUCACUGGCAUGAUGGCACAGAUCCCUCUAGCCUGGGUCGUGGGCCGAUUCCUUCAGGGGAACUAUGGCAAUGCAGCAGUGUGGUUGUCUUUGAUCAUCGGGCAGCCUGUGGCUGUGCUUAUGUAUGUCCAUGACUACUACGUGCUCAACUAUGAGGCCCAGCCGACCUCCUAAGCCCCAGACGUGGCCUUGUGUUGGGGAAACUCCAGGAACAUUAAGGGACAGGGCAGGGUGAUCCCUGCUCCGACAGCUGAAUUGCAGCUAUCUCCGUGGCACUUUAUGAAAGACUUGUCCUUUGUCUGAGGGCUUUGAUUCUACUGGUUCUGUCCUAAUUGAUUGGGAGUACAGAAGUUCUCUCAUCCCUCUUGGGUUUGCCCCCUUGGAGUUCCUGUCUUCUCUUUCCCACCUUUAGUUCAUCCCUAAGAAAGGGGAAAAGACCCAUCCUGUUCCUGUAGGGGUUGUCACCAUAUCCACUGUCUCUUACCCUAGGGCAUUUGUCCAUGUCGGGGAGGGAUAGAGCAGUCUUGGCCUUGUGGGUUUGGUUUCUCCUGGCUCCCUUCUCCUUUUGGUAUGAGGAUGUUGUCCUCCUGGGGUUUCUGUCCUCCCCCAACCCUCAUGUCCCCACUGACCUCAGAAUGUGUGGGCCUUGAAUGGCUCUGUCCCCAGCCCAAGGAGGAGGGAUUGGAGUUCUCUUCCCAGGACUGGUCUUGAUAGUGACUUUUUAAUGAUUCUGUCCACGUGACCAAGUCUGUCAUUAAAGCAAUGUCCAAAGUGA